AUGGCGAAAGAUAUCCCAGUGUAUCGUCGAAAUGUCACGAGAAUGAGUUCGAGCAUUCCGAAUGAAGUAUUAACGUCCUCAUCAGCGAAUCCAAAAUUUAUACUUUACGGAACAAGCAAAACUCAUUACAAAGCUUGUUUAGUUGAAGCCGACGAAGAAAAGGAAUCUGACAUAGACGGUACUUCACUACGAUACGAGCCUCAACUGCACGAUGAGAACAGCGUUAUCAUUACCUCGUACAAAUAUGACACCUCAAGAAACAUCACCUAA